UAUUUGCACCUUAUUUAGUCUUUCUAGAGGCAGAACUCCUCCUCCACCCCCUCCCCCGCUCGUAUUCUCGGGUCCGCCUGAGGAAUGUAAACUAUUCAACAUGGAGACAGCGGUCAAUAAGCUGGAGGCUUUGUUUCAAAAAGCAGAGUCUGACUUGGAUUACAUUGAGCAGAAACUGGAAUUUGAAAUCAGAAAGAGUUUUCCUGAAGACGCUUUGGUACAGGAAAAUCCUGCCAAACUGCUAGAACAGUUGGGAACAAUAAAAGCACAAUUCAAAAGCUUAUCGUCGCAGCUGGAUAAAAUUGCCACUGAGCAGCAGAAAUCGGUAGAGAGUAUUCAGGAUACCAUCGCAAACACAAUGCAAAUUGUGCAGCACUUACAGCAACAAACCGACUUGCAGGUUUCUCCAUUAUCAGAAGAAGAACUUGAAGCACUCAAAUCUUUUAAAAACCUGCCAUUGAAGGGAGUGGACUUUCAAUCAUAAAGUGCUUUGGAACGUCGCAAACUAACCCGAAAGUUUCAAGUAUGGUGGAUCAGCUCUUGUCUCAUCAAGUGGAUUAUCUGCAGGAAAUCUGAUUUUUUUUUUUUCUUUUUGUUAUAUUUAUAUUUUUCUAAUAAUAAUGUGUGGUCUUUUCUGGAGAUGCUUUUGAAACCUGCAGCAAAUAUUCUACUCCUACAUUUCCUAAAUCUAAAAUGUGGGAAUUUUACAAUAGCCAACUUUGCUUUUCAGGGCUACAAUUCCAAAAUGUCCUGUAGUCAUGUAACUAUUGUGGCUACAAUUUACUGUAUUUAGCUGUGGUAAUUCAUAAAAAGCAGUGGAAAAGAUGACUGGUCCGCAUGCAAGAAUAUGUUAUAUAGUCAACUCAGUACAUCAACUAAAACCCUUUCAUCCGUUAAAA